UUUAACCUUAUCGGCAUAGAAAUAAGAGCAAUAAUGCCCAUUUAGCAGCAUGUUUUUGCGUCAUUGUCUGUAUUAAAAAGGUACUCUGUGGUCUGUUCAGUAUUACACGUUUGUUGAGCGACGCGACGUUGUCGCUGUGUUUUAUUCUUUCCGUCUCGCACACAGCGGCGUGACUAGUUGCUUUUCACUCGCACACUGAGUAGUGCGGGGGGCGCGCGCUCUUUCAGAGCGGCAACGUUGAGCAGUCAAUACACCCAGUAAAAGCAUGCUAUUGUGAAUAAAUAGACGCAUGCUUUUCGUGAUUUUUACAGCAAUAAUAAAAUUGAAAAAAUGUCUCGUUGGUGUCGAUGGACAGAAUUAGAUACGUCCAAUCUUGUAGAAUUAUAUAAAUCUUUCCCCUUGCUUUGGGAUGCCCGUCAUAAACAUUACAAGGACCCGACAGCAAGAAAAAUGGCUUACGAGAAGAUAUUAGAAUUUUUAAAAAACCCAAAUCUAUCAAUAACAGAUAUAAAGAUUAAAAUAAAGAAUUUGAGGUCAUCUUAUUAUAAUGAGCUUAGAAAAAUUGACAAAUGCCAAGCCAGUGGACAAUUUUACACGUCUAGCCAGGUCACUAGGUCUUGGUUUAGUAAGUUCAAAGAGAUUAUGGAGCAAGUUCAAAAAAAUGAAGAGGAAGGUGUAGAUGAAUCUGAGAGUGAAGAGGAAGCAGUAGACAGUAUCGACGAGAGCAUUGCUGAUAAUGACGGUGACGCGUAUGUAGUUUCCAUCAAACAAGAAUAUUUAGAUGAGCUUGAAAAUCAAAACUUAAAAGAAAUGGCCAGUGUUUCUGAAGGUUAUAUGCCAGCGCCAAAGAAGUUUAAAAGCACCCCAAUAUAUAAGAAGACAGUAAAUGAAAUAAAAACUGAUGAAUUUCAAUUAUUUGCAAACAAUAUGGCGGAGCAACUUCGGGCAUUACCGUUAACUAAAGCCUUACAAAUACAAGUUGAACUUCAAACUCUUGUCGCGAAAGAACGUAUCAAUUUAUAUAGAAUUAAACAAGAAAAUACUACAGAACAAACAGAGUAAGUGUUAGUUUUUUAGUUUGUAACGAGUUCAUUUAUUGAAUGAUUUAAUUAGCAUUUCUCAUAAAUAAUUGUUUUAAUGAAUAUAAUAAGAUUGAGAUAUUAUAAUGAUAUAUAAUUUUAAUAAAAUAUUUUUUCACAUAA